GACUUUGUUAUCUGGCAUCCUAUUAAUCAGAUUAAUCUAUUAACCAAACAGAACGUUUCCAAAGCCUGUGUGUGUCGCUUGGGUUAAUGAUGGCACAGCCCUCAGACUCCGCCUGGGUGCUGCCCACUGCGACCUCACUCAGUUGCUCGCCGGCUCACCUCCUGAUUUCAGCAGAGCACUCUGGCAUUGCGUCCUUACUGGUAGGCCUCUAGCACAGCCCCAUCACCUCUUACCCAGACCUUGCCGGUUUUCAGGCUCUCCUUCCCUCCGGGAAAAGUUUGAUCUUUUGCAAGGACCAGAGGGCGUGUGGCUGUUCGGUUGUCUGCAGAACAGAAUUCACGUUCCCCUUCAGGAGCUCAGAGGUGUCUCCAAGCUGACCCCAGGCUAUCUUUCCCGCCUGAAUCACUAUAUUAAUUGCCCAACACAGCCUUUCCCGUCACCAUUCUGUUCAUUCAUGAUGCUCCCUCAGCCUGUCUCAGCCCGCCUCAGUCCUCUUGUUGUCACCCUUCAGCUCUGAUGCCCACUUCGCAGUGAAGUCUUCUCUGAUGUGCUCUUCAGAGUCAGUUUCUCUCCACGCCCAGCUCGGUGCUCCCACGGCACCUUGCUUACACCGAUACGUGACAGCAAUCUUGUUUCCUCCUUUUCACCUUGUAGUUGAGCUGCUUCCAAAAGCCUCACUCCAUCGUCAGCUCCAGAAUGCAGGAGUUCCGUCUCAUUUAGCUUUGUGUUGUUUUCAUUCCGUAACCCAGGCUUUUGUUUGUUUGUUUGUUUGUUUGUUUAUUUACUUAGAGAAUCGCAAGCAGGCUCCACGCUGCCAGCAUGGAGCCCGAUGUGGGACUCAUGCUUACAAACCGUGAGAUCAUGACCAGAGCCAAAAUCUAGAGUCAGAUGCUUAACCUACUGAGCCACCCAGGCACCCCCCAGAAUUUCUUAGGAGAGAAGUUUAAUGAAAAUGGCAAUGUUAAAGAAAGAAAGAAAAGGAAGCGGCAGUGUUCUUUGACUUACACAGCGAUGACUCUUACACACUGCAGAGCCCUGCAUCAUUUGUGCCCAAAACAAUUUUACUCAACUGGGUGUAUUUCACAGUGUUCAAAAUCACCCGUAAAUUCAACAAAUAUUUGUUGAACAUCUGCCAUGUGGUAGGUUCUGGAAAAGACACGUCAGUGGAAAAAGCAGAAGGUCUCAGUUCUCAUGGAACUUAUGUUCUAUUGUAAGGAGAGCAAUAGUUUAAAACAAAAAAGAUACUUUUAGGUGAUAAGAUGUGCCAUGAAGAAACAACAGCAGUAUUUAAGGUCAGGGGCUCUCCCUUAGGGCAGUCAGAGAAGCAUCCCUGACUGAGCAAGUGACAUUCAGGCAGACCUAGCGAUUGGGAAAGGUACAGCCGGGCAAAGAACAGCCCUUCCCACUAAGGUGAAAUAGAAGGUGUGUGUAGCCCUCAAGUUGCAGACGGGCUUGGCAUCUCAAAGGGAGUCCAGUGGGCGGCAGGAGAACGCCAGAUGAAGUCAGGGAGGGAGAUUGCCACCACAUCACGGAGAUACAGGGAGGAAGUCUGGGUUGAAAUAUCAGUGACUGACAUCCACUGUGUUUAGAAACAGCCUCUGUAGCUGUCCCACCAACUGACCUCUCUCUGCAUGGUGGACUGGUUAGCUUUCCUGGCGAUCUCAGGUACUUAGUACGGUUAUGCAGAAGAACUCGUCAAGCAUUUCCGCAACCCUGUGCUUUUGAGAGAUGUGACCUUGGUCCACUGAGCUCCUGACCGCCACCUAUGGACUCCCGCAAAUCCUCGAAGGAAACGGUCCUUAUUACAGGAGGAGGUGGCUAUUUUGGUUUCCGCCUAGGCUGUGCUCUGAACCAGAAAGGAUUCCACGUGAUUCUCUUUGACAUCAAAAGCCCUGCUCAUCCCAUGCCAGAGGGAGUCAAGUUUAUACACGGAGACAUUCGCCACCUCUGUGAUGUGGAGAAAGCCUUCCAGGAUGUGGACAUUGCAUGUGUGUUCCAUAUCGCCUCUUACGGCAUGUCGGGGCGGGAGCAGCUGAAUCGAAGCCUGAUUGAAGAAGUCAACGUCGGGGGCACAGACCACAUCCUCCAGGUUUGCAGGAGGAGAGGGGUGCCAAGGUUAGUUUACACUAGCACUUUCAAUGUCAUCUUUGGAGGUCAAGUUAUCAGAAAUGGAGAUGAAUCUCUGCCUUACCUACCUCUUCACCUCCAUCCUGAUCACUACUCUCGGACCAAAUCUAUUGCAGAAAAGAAAGUGCUGGAGGCCAACGGUGCUACCCUGGUGAGAAGUGAUGGUGUCUUGAGAACCUGUGCUCUGAGGCCGGCUGGCAUCUACGGGCCUGGAGAACAAAGGCACCUUCCCAGGAUAGUGAGCUACAUUGAGAGGGGUCUCUUCAAGUUUGUGUAUGGGGAUCCUGGGAGCCUGGUUGAAUUUGUCCACGUGGAUAACUUGGUCCAGGCUCACAUUCUGGCCUCAGAGGCCCUGACAGCUGCCAAGGGCCACGUGGCCUCUGGGCAGCCCUACUUCAUUUCGGACGGCAGACCCGUGAACAACUUUGAGUUCCUCCGGCCUCUGGUUGAGGGCCUGGGCUACAGGUUCCCAUCCAUCCGCCUGCCCUUGACCCUCAUCUACUGUUUUGCUUUCCUGACAGAAAUGGCUCACUUCCUUUUUGGUCGGGUCUACAACUUCCAGCCCUUCCUCACCCGCACAGAAGUUUACAAAACUGGCGUCACACAUUACUUUAGUCUAGAGAAGGCCAAGAAGGAGCUGGGUUAUGAGGCUCAGCCAUUUGACCUCCAGGAAGUAGUCGACUGGUUUAAAGCACAUGGCCACGGCAGAAGUCCUGGGGAUCAUGCCUCCGGGUGUCUUGUUUGGGAUGGGCUGACGGUCUUCCUCUUGGUCAUAGUGGUUCUCAUAUGGCUGCCUUCUCCUGUGGCUCGAUCACUCUGAAGGAGCUAGAAACAUGGAUCGGAUCACACUUGUUGAGAUGGUUUUCAAGAAACACAGUAUUAAAUAAUGUAUCUCUAUCUAAAUAAAUCUACAUCAAUAUCUAGAUAGAUAGAUACAAAUGGAUACCUGGUAGCAAAUCUUGGCUCCUCAAAUUGCUACUUAAUAGAUUCUUGGAAGGGCACUUGGGUGAUUUAGUCGACUCUUGAUCUGGGCUCAGGUGAUCUCACGGUUUGUGAGCUCGAGUGGCAGGGAGAUUGCUUGGGAUUCUCUUUCUCCUUCUCUCCCCCCCACACCCCACCUCAAAAUGAAUCAAUAAACUUAAAAAAAAAAAAAAAGAAAAGAACAGAUUCUUGGAUGAAGUCUUCAUUUCUUACCUUCUUGCACCAAACAAACCAUGAUAGGAGAAAAAAAGAAGCAAAGAUCAGUUUGAGAUGCGGUUUCUUGUGUCUUCCUCGUUUUGAUGGGUACAGUAGAAGUCGUUUUGGAGCCACAGAGCGAGAUGAGGAAAAUUGGAAAUGUCUUGAGUUUCUCAGAAGUCAAAAAUGUACUUACUUCUGUCCUCUACUAUCUCUAUCCAGUUACAGUAGACUAAAAUGUGCACUGAUACGGGAGUGGCAAAACACUAACAGGCUUGAAAAUGUGUGAAAACCACCAAAUUGGGUCAGAUCCCUACAGACCAGCCCUCUGAGGAGGUGGAAGCUUUUGAGAGACACUAUAUUAGCCAUUCAUUCCUGUAGUUUUUAGGAAUUACUCUUUGCCCUUUAUGAUAUAAGGGCGUUACACCUGUGUGAUCACAUGGUAAGGUUUGAUUUUUAAACAAAUAGAACUGUGUCUUACCUCAUAGGAUUCUUUUGAGAAUUAAAUUAGACAAGACAUAUCAAGUGCCACUCAACACACACAAGUCUUUAUUUUAAUUAAUAUCGUUGCCGUACAUUCCUGAUACGAACCCUUACGAGGGUUUUCUUCCUCAGGGGAGUUCUGUUCAGAGGUGUUAGUGUUCUGUUAGUGCUAUCGCUCUAACCUUUCUGGAAUGUCUUUGGGGUAAGCCCCUCAGAGUCUGUAACCGGCACGUUUGCAUAUGCUCAGUGUUUGUAAAGUUUUGGUCUCUGAGCAUAGAGUAACAUUUAGGAAAUGGCUAAAAAUCCGAUUAAGGAAGAUGGUCAAGGGAAUGCUGCUAUUUGUAAUUUAAAAAUGAAACAUAACUCUGAACUAAUAGACUGCUUUUCUUCCGGGAAGAGGUUUUUGUUCUUCCAAUGAACAGCUUCCAAUGAGGAAUGUUUUGAAGGGUGUCAUUACCCUCCAGCCACUCCUGAGGACUGCUGUGUAAGACAUUCAGUUUGUACAGUUGCAUAGGAACCAACGUGGAAAGAAGACAGAGGAUCUUCACCCAUUCCACAAUUCCAGUUUCAGAAAAGCCAGUAUUAAAGCAUAAGGCAGAUAGAUUGCUGCGGAAGGUGACAUUCGAGCUGUUUUGAGAUUAUUUGUAGAAAGAAGGUGCCAGGUGAAUAGUCCCUGGUUAAUGCUGCCUGGAUCUUUUGGAGAAAAGCACUCAACCUGACACCAGGAGACCUGCAACCAUGAAUAGUUUGUGUAGCCUUAACCAAGCGAUUGAAGCCUGUUUCCCUAUUUGGGAAUGACCCGUGUCUGCCUUUUCUACAAACCCACCCACCCACCCUCCUCACACGGGUGGUUGUGAGCGUAAAAUGAGAUGUCGUGAGAGUACUUUCAUAGGUAAAGCAUAAAUAGGAGGUGGUGGUGAGCAUUUUUGGUAGAAGGUUUUCGGAGUCUUUUUCUAUCUUAAGAAGCUUUUGCUUUAGUCUGGAGUUCGCUUGUAUGAGCACCUCGGCAAGUCCAGCAGUCCAGGUGCUGCACGGCGGGCUCCCCUGCUCACGUACAGCCCACUAAUGGUAUGACGUGUCCGCACGAGAAGGCCACUGAAAGAGUGGAUAAGUUCAGCAAGACAUCUCCGCAGUGUCCUUGAGAGGCAUCGCAGACUUGCAGAACAUGUUUUCAACGAGGUCCUGGAGAACAAUGAUAGAUACUUAGUUUUCUCGCACCAAGUAGACUGAGUGUAGUGGGGGUUUUCUUGUUUUCCACACGAAACUAAGGAUGGCUAUUCGGGCCUUGUUGUCAUCCGGGGAAGAGACAUUCGGCUGUCCCUCACCACUUACACCCAUGUCCACUGUCUGCUUGAGACAAGAGUUCAUCUACCGUUCAUGAUCUCACUCUUGGUCUUUCUCCUUGUAUUAAUGAUCUGUUGCAUUACCCUAAGACAUGCUACAAAUUACACUAAGGUGUAUCAUGUUAACACAGUACCCCCAAGACAUAUCUUAAAACAACAAACAUCACCUCCUGGCUUCUACGGGUCAGGUAUUUUGGUGCGGCUUAACUGCGUCGGUUUGCUUGGAGUCCCUCAUGAGGGUCAUCCCAUGGUAUCUGGCACGACAGUCCUCUGGAAGCCUGAAGCUGGAGGGUCCCCCCAGGAUGGCUCACCCACACUACCAUUGGCAGGAGGCUCAAUGCCUCACCAUGCGGGCACCUCCGUAGGCUUGCUUGAACGUCUUCACGACAUGGUAGCUGGUUUUCCCCAGAGCAGGUGAUCCAGGAGAGCAGGGUGGAAGCUGCAAUGGCUUUUACGGCUUAUCCUCAAACACCACACGCUGGGACUCCACAGUAUACUGGUUACACAGGUCAGUCUAAUUCAGUGUGGAGAGAAAGGAAGUACCCAAAGGUGUGGAUACCAGAAGGUGGGGAAUGUUGGGGGCCAGCUUGGAGGCUGGGCUCUUGGUUCCAUCCUCUGAGUCAUUUUUCCUUUCAGUGAAAGGUAGCCCGUGUAGAUAGACAGUUAACACGUUCUCAGCCCGUUACCACCCAGUAGAAUUUGGGGGAUAUAAAGCCCUCUUUACAUAUUGUAGUGUAUCUCUUUCAGUCCAAGCUGAUAAUGUUAAUGCAAAUAUAAUUAUUUUUGAACUC